UCAGAUUUGUAUAUUCAAAAAGUCAAAACAUUAGGCAAAUUUUAUGUUUUUACGUAACAAUGUAAUUUUAUUGUAUGUUUAAACCCUUAAUUAAUCCCCUAAACGACGUAGAAGAAAGAAUAUCAAGUUAUAAUGUAGUUGCCUUGAAAAUUAAGCGAGAAGCAGAUGGUUAAAUCCGGUUAGUAGCAUAACAUAACCUCAGUUUAUUUCUAAAUAAAUAAAAAUAACAGUCCUGAAAAUGAACACCGUGACAACACAGAUAUCCAAAAAGGCUUCGAAUAAUUUUCGGCUUCUGUUCAACAUACACGGGAUGCUACAAAAGUAUAUUUCCAGAACACUUAGUACCACUACUUUAGAUGUCCUGGAUGCAUUUACUACGGAACUAUUACAAAGACAAAAGUCUAGAAAUCCUUAUUACAAAGCAGUAAACAGCUAUAGCUACAGUGAUUUCGGCUUAAGAUCUUACUUCAUGAAGUCGGAACCUGUGGAAAAACCAAUAAACAUUACAAACUUAAGUCCCGAAGAACUAGAAAAAGUUUUAAUUGAACUUUUAUCAAAGAAUGAAGACAAAAGAAUUAUGGAAAUUGUUAAAGAAUGUCAAGAAACAAAGGUCAAUAUAACAGAGCAUGCCAUAAAACCACUUUUAAGAGCAUUCAGUAAACAAGGCAAAGUUAACAAAGUGAAAGCUAUUAUAAGUUACUGUGAAAAGGCUGAUUUUAAUUUGUACAUAAAAAAUGGCGAAUUCCUACACUUUGUGGCCAGAGCGCAAUGCAUGAAAGGCAAUUCCGAAAUAGGCUUAACUGUAUUAAAAGAUUGCUACAGUAGAUAUGAAUCGUUGCGCAGUGUCUACAGGAUAAUCUUCCGAGAGUUGAUACAGGAUUCAGUUUUAAAUAGAUCAGAGGCAUCAAUGGUAAUAUUCAAGCAGCAUGUCCUGGAGUUCAGUGAUGCCUCCGGGGACCACUACCCGCUUAUCUGCAUGUGGCACAUCUGCUGGAUGAGCACUUGGUUCUCGGAUCAGAUGCUUGCAAAUGAAUUGUUUGACUCUUCAAAUUUUCUACGAAACAUUGUCAAGGACAAGGCAAUAGACUUUAGUUUAACAAUUUUAAAGAAUCAAUAUAAUGAUGAUGCAGUAGUAAGAUUAUUACAAUCAUUUUUGAAACAUGAUAUGAAGGAUGCCUACCUUAAAGUUCUACAAGUGCUAUUUAGUUACAAGCUGAAAAUGAACGACAUUCGCGGCUGCACUGAGAUCCUGAGGAACUGCGAAGCUCUCGGCAUAGUGCUACCGUCGGACCAGCAAGGGAAGUACAUACGACUGCUGAUCGACGGCAAAUACACUGGCCCCCCGAAACCAACCAACUUUAAGCUCAAGUUUUAGGUUAUAAGGUACUAUUUAUUUGUUUAUACUUAUCUGAUUAGUAGGUAGAGAUAGGUACUUGCCUAGAGUUUUGGUCAAUAACACUUUUUUUGGAAAACGCCCCCUUAUUGAUAGUGUGUGAAGUGUGAAGCGAGAUUUAAGUCGUACUGAAGGGCUAGCACGGGGCGCAUUUAAGACGUGACUAAAGUUCUCCGUCGCGCUCGCUCUUGAGGCUGCGCGAUGUGAGUGAGAGCGAUGCAAAACUUUUGUGACGCCUUAAAUGCGCCCCGUACUGGCCCUUCUGGUGACUGCCGCUAAUACAGGGUGUCCCACGGUGAUGCUCCGUCCAGGGCAAGCACAUUAAAUACUUACUACGGAUACGGAUGUGUACCUAAUUGUACUGCAUUCAAAGAUUUCAAAGAACUUACUUACCUAAAGAGAGAUUUAUACAUCAAUUCUACUACCUUUCAAUUAACUUUCAAAGAACUACAUUCGCUAUUUUACAUUGUACCUAUAUACUUAUUGAAGAGUAGGUAAAUCGGAAUAAUUUUAAGUUAACAAAACGUAAUGAGUAGGUACCCACAUACUUAGUACAUUUUCUAUUGUUCAUGAUUCAGAAUAUACUAGCAUUCACUUGAAGUACCAAUUUUGAUUAAUGUACUUAUCUACAUUUACCCUUGUAAUUAGCAUACCUUUAGCGUUGUAUAGUUUUAAAAGUUUCCGGAAAAAACAUACCUCAUCUGUAAAUACUAUUGUGUAUUGUUACGUAGAAGUGUGAAAUAUGUAAGAUAAUAUUUAUUAGUUAAUGGCAAAAUAUAUUUUAAGAAACUAUUUCAUGCUUUGCACAUUUAUUAAAAAGUAUGAAUUUUUGGUACUUUUCCAUAUGCAUAUUUAAAUAAUUUGCUCUGGUUGAAUUUGUGUCUUUUGUGUACUAAGUGUGUCCAAAUCAACAAAUAAAUUAGGUAGGUAUGACAAUAAAUAUUUUUUUAGAAUUAUAAA